AUGCUAAUCCAACAUUUAUUAGAUGAUACUGAAAUCAUAGAAAAUGAUGAAUCAAACGCAAUGACUAUUGAUCUAACCAAUCCACCAUCAGAUACUAUUUCAAAAUCAAAGAGUAUUGCUCUUUUGAAAAGAAUUGUACCUGAAGUAAAAGAGUUACUUGAAUGCAUGUUUUAUACAGGAACAGUUAACCCCAGACAAAAAAUGUCAGCUCAAGAGAUGCGAAAUGAAUUAUUACGUCGUGAACACGAAGGAGAAAUUAGUCUGGAUGAUAUUCCAAAGGAGUCAACUAUUGCCAACUGGAUUACAACUUUUUCACACAAAUGGAAACAAUCUAUGGCCCUUAGAAAUAUGGAAGAAGCAGAAAACACCUAA